UAAAGACAUGGUUUCUGCAAGGUUGUGGAAGACCCUGUCACUAGUCGUCAUCGGUAUGUUACUUUCUUUUGUACUUUGGGAAACGGCUUCAAACAGACAGUCCUUGCCUGUUUUUACAAUACCAGAGCAGUUCUCUUUAGACCUGCCUGGCUGCUUGGCCAUCAUCACUGGAGACACACAUGGGAAGAAAGGCGAUUUAGAAAGGCUUCUGUCAUCCAGGAAAAGACAUCCUUCAUCAGAGGACUUCUACUUGAAUGUGACAAAGGACUGUCCGUCUUACAUUGAGAAGAGAGGUUUCAUUACAGCGCCUCUCAGUGAGGAGGAGAAGAAUUUCCCCAUCGCCUACUCCAUGGUGAUCCAUGAGAAGAUUGAGAUGUUUGAGCGACUCCUACGAGCUGUUUAUAAUCCUCAGAACAUCUACUGUGUGCAUGUGGACCAGAAAGUCACUAAAGAAUUUCAGAAGGCCGUGGAGGCUAUUCUUUCCUGCUUCCCAAAUGUGUUUUUAGCCAGUAGAUUAGAGCGAGUGGUGUAUGCCUCGUGGUCCAGAGUGCAGGCCGAUUUGAACUGCAUGAAAGAUCUGCUGAACUCGCCGGUCCAGUGGAGAUACCUGCUCAACACCUGUGGGACAGACUUCCCCAUCAAAACCAAUAGAGAAAUGAUUCAGGCACUGAAGGCCCUCAACGGGAGAAACAGCAUGGAGACGGAGGUAACCAAUGACUACAAGAAAGCGCGGUGGCUGUAUCAUUACAAUGUAACUACUGCUGUCAUCAAGACGGAUGUGAAGAAAAGUCCCCCGCCCAAUGGCAACCCCAUGUUCACAGGAAACGCCUACUUUGUGGCCAGCAGAGCCUUUGUGAAACAUGUGAUGCAGGACAGAGAAGUUCAUGAGCUUCUGGAGUGGGAGAGGGACACGUACAGCCCCGACGAACACCUCUGGGCCACUCUACAGCGAAUGCCCUCCGUUCCUGGAUCAAUGCCCGCGAACAUCAAGUUCGAUGCGUCAGACAUGCAAGCCAUCGCUCGCGUGGUGAAGUGGAGCUAUCUAGCAGGCGAUGUGAGAGCCGGAGCCCCGUACUCUCCUUGUACAGGUGAAUACAGUAGAGCAGUCUGUGUGUACGGAGCAGGUGACCUCUCGUGGCUCCUCAGACAACAUCAACUCUUUGCAAAUAAGUUUGAUCCUGAGGUUAAUGAUAUUGCUAUUCGAUGUAUAGAGUCAGUUCUGCAUUUUAAAGCUUUAGGCCACGACCGACUGGAAACCGAUUAAUAUUCCAUAAUUUUUCUUGAAAUGUAAAAUGUAUUUUAAGGUGCGUACUAUAAAGUAGUUCUGAAACUGGGCACUUCGCAGAUGAUGGAAAACAGGCUUCCGGACACGUGUAAAGAAUAUAUACUUUUGCUUGGCUUACCCCUAAUGUUAUAAUAAUAAUAAUAAUAAUACAUUCAUUUUAUAAGGCGCCUUUCAAGGCACUCAAGGUCGCCGCACAACAUAUUUAAAAAUGGACACAAUUAAAAAGCAGAACAGUUAAAAAGCAAAACAGUUAAAAAGCAGAACAGUCUGCAGCAGAGCAACCAAGAGGGGAACAGGUCAGGCAUAGGCCUGCCUGAAAAGGUGAGUUUUGAGGUGAGUUUUGAAUAAAAUGAUAGAGUCAAUGUUUCUGAUGUCAGGGGGGAGGGAGUUCCAUAGGCGAGGGGCAGAGCGGCUGAAGGCUCGUGACCCCAUGGUGGACAGACGAGCUGGGGGGACAGUCAGGUUGAUGGAGGAAGCAGACCUGAGAGACCGGGUGGGGAUGUUGAUUUUGAGGAGGUGAGACAGGUAUGGAGGGGCGAGGUUGUGGAUGGCCUUGAAUGCAUAGAGGAGGAUCUUAAAGUCAAUGCGGUGUUUGAUGGGAAGCCAGUGGAGUUAUUGUAGAACAGGGGUGAUGUGAAAGAUUGAAGGGGUUUUGGUGAUGAUGCGGGCAGCAGCGUUCUGGACCAGUUGGAGUUUAUGGAGGAGUUUCUGGGGGAGACCAAAGAGGAGGGAAUUGUGUUAAGAAUAUAAAAAUGCAUACAUAGUACCCCAUGUCCCUCGCUUUGCAUUAAGGCCCCGAAGCACCAAACUGUGUGUCCUUCUAUGACAUUCGGGCUCUGACCAGAGAGAACAGCUCAUACUCAUGCUCACCCACAUGUUUUGGAACAUACUGUCACUGCUGGAUAAGAAGCACAGAUACUGUAGGUACAAACACUUCUGGACCUCGGCCAGAAGAUGACACAUCCACACAGGGAAGAUAAUCAGGAACUCUGUGCAACCCUAGGCUCUGACCUCAUCCUGACUGCUAAGUCAUAGAAUUGAGAUUUAAAUAAGAGCCGUACCUGUCACCGUCAAAGAAUUUGUUUAUGAAAGCAACAGAUAGUUUCAAUGCCUUUUAGUUUCUAUUAUAUUAAAGAAACUACACAGCUCCUGCUUUAGAUGGAGAACAACAUACACACACACUGAUUAUGAUGAUGGCGAGAAGAUCGUGAGCCAAGAGGGUGGGACCACCCUGAGCUCCAUCAGAAGGUGUUCAAAGUCUAAACCAGGAACACCUCCAUCUGUUUUAACCAACCAGUGCUGCUGUCGUGAGCCCAGAGGGUGGGACCACCCUGAGCUCCAACGAUGAGCCGGACACAGAUUAAACCGAGUGACGUCUCCAUCUAUAUUAUCUAAUCACGCUGCUCUUAAAGAUAUAAAGAGCCAUGUUCUCCUGGAGAACGGCAGUCUGUUAUCGAACGAUGCUUUGAGCUGACUUCAUCCAGGCCCGUGCUGCACGUUAAAUGUUUUGUGUCUUUGAGACUUUUGUUCUACCACACUUAAUUAAAUCCACUUUGUUUUGAAUUUUA